AUGGCGGGGCGCGCGGCGCUGGACUGCGGCACGCGGGCGCUGGCCGUGACCGGCCGGAGCCGCUUGGUGGCCGCGCGCCGCGGGGCCUGCAGUGAGGACGUCAGCUUCUUUGUCUACGACUGCAGCACUGCCGAGAAGAAGCCACCAGAGGAUAAAGGUGAGGAUGAACAGCCUGUGGAUAAAGGAAGUGACAACAUCCUUGCAUCUACGUUUUCCAAAUCAGGCAACUACUUCGCUCUGACUGAUGACAACAAGCGUCUGAUUCUUUUCCGUACACAACCUUCUUGGGAAUGCCUGAGCGUCAGGGCUGUAGUGAGGAGAUGUACCUCGCUGACCUUUACAGCUUCGGAAGAGAAGAUUCUCGUGGCGGACAAGUCUGGGGAUGUGUAUUCGUUUUCGGUAACGGAACCACACGGCGGUGGAAAACUUGAACUUGGCCACCUGUCUAUGCUGUUGGAUGUGGCCGUGAGUCCUGAUGACCAGUACAUUCUCACAGCCGACCGAGACGAGAAGAUCCGGGUCAGUUUGUUCUCAGCUCCUCACAAUAUCGAGUCCUUCUGCCUUGGACACACAGAGUUCGUGAGCAGAAUAUUUGUGGUGCCAAACUGUCCAGAUCUGCUUUUAUCCACCUCAGGGGAUUGUUCCCUGAGACUCUGGGAAUACAAAAGUGGAAGAGAACUGCAGUGUUGUUUUCUGAACAGCUUGAGUAAGCCUGAGGCGGCCCAAAGUGAGAAGAAAUUUGCUGGGUCACGGAUAACUUACUGUUGUCAAGAAAACUACAUCGCCAUUUUGGGUGACAGCAUUCCUGCAGUCUUCAUCUUUCAGCUUGAUGCUGCCACCCAGCAGCUGAAUUUCAAAAAGCACCUCACCUUCAGCCACAGAGUGUGGGACAUCGCGUUUGAGGAGACCCAGGGGCUGUGGAUACUACAAGACUGCAGAGAAGCAGCACUCUUACUGUACCGGCCCCACAACGGGGAGUGGCAGCCUGCUUCCGAAAACGAAGUAUUGAAGAAAAUCUCCAGGAAUCUGCAUGACAACUGGACCAUGUUCGAGGGAUAUGCCGAGUUGGAAGGCAGCUUCAAGAACCUCUACAAGGCCACGUUCGACAACAUGGCCACAUACUUGAAGAAGAAAGAGGAGAGACUCCAGCAGCAGCUGGAGAGAAAGAAGACAAAGAGGAAUCCACAUCCCGGGGCAAAUGGACAAACAAAAAAGAUGAAAACGGGAGAUGCAUCAUGAUGGGAAUAGUCCUUGUUGCUUGGAGUUUUCAACCCAUUUAAGAAAACCCACUUGUAUUCUGAUUCCUCCACACCUUUAACCCAGUGUUACAGAGACUCAAAAAGGUGGCCGUGGGUGCACCACAUCAGAAUUGGGAAAAAUCCUUGCAUCAAACUGAUUCUGUUAGCAUGAAGAUACCUUUCCUGCUUAAGAGAAUGUUUACUGUACAUAUUCUCCCCUCUGCUAUGUAUUCUUCAUCCUAGCAAUUAAGGAAAAAAUGCAAACCCAAUUGUAAGUUUUAAUUGAAGACCCUUCAAGUCCUCCUAGCAGAUGCAUCAAAAGCCUUUUUAUUUUCAUAUUGGAGGUGGGAUGUUAACCCAGGUGGCACUUUGCUGUUACUCUACUAUACUCCCAUCUGUUUUCACAUUGCAAAACUUCCUUUCGCACUCCUGAGGGAAUGGUGUAUCCACAUUAAUUGGAAAACAUAGCCAGCAGAUUAUUUUUCUAGUUGAGCACCUUGCUACAAAGCUCCAGGAGAAAUCAUCCCCUGAGCUUCAACAACUACUGAAGAGUCUCUUUCUUUGCAGCUCUGUAGAUAGCUUCACUUUCCAUGUAGAAGACUUUUUAUUUUUAAAGACCUUGUCUCUGACUAAAAGUUUUCGGGUUUUUUCUUCAUUUUGUAUCAUUUGGUAUCACCCGAGUUUCUUCAGUCAUAUUACAUAUGAUAGUUUCUGCGGGGUCACUGAAGCAAUUUUGCAUAUCUGAAAGCGAUUUCUGUGUGGAGUUCGGUUGAAGAAUCCGCAACAAAAACCGUCUGAUUCGUUUUGCUUUCAACCAUUCAAAAUUCAAGAGAAGAGCACCCUCAGAACUAAAUGCUAUCUCUUCAAAGCUUUAAAGAAAGCUCUUCAAGAGCUAGACUUGCCUGUGAAAAGCAGUAGUUUGACUGCCUUUUAGUUGGCCUCUUUGUCCAAGAAGAAACAUCUGUCCAAACAAACAGUUCCAUAAUGAUGUAUUUGAAAGUUCUUCUAAGUAGAAGUUCUGUGUGGUCCUGACUGCAGACUGGGCGGUUUGGGGAGGCAGAGAAACAACAGGAUAAAAUGACUUUUCAAGGUCUCUUCCAAACUUCACAGUGUAUGAUUCUGAACACA